CUUAUUUCUUUUUCAUAAUGCUGUUUCGGACGUACCUAUAUUAAAUGGUUUCAACACAAGGGUUGGUGUCCUUGGCUUUUGCUGGAUCCAUUGGAAUGACAUUUGUUAUACUAGCAUGUGCCUUACCACAAUACAAGUACUGGUGGCCAUUCUUUGUGGUCCUAUUCUACGCCCUGUGUCCACUUCCGACCAUGAUCGCUCGCCGCUACACAGAUUCCGCUGGUGGUACUAAUAAUCCAUGCAUGGAGACAGCCAUCUUUAUUACUAUGGGCAUUCUAGUCAGUUCUUUUGCACUGCCAAUAGUACUCGCUCGUGCUUUAGUGAUUCAAUGGGGCGCCUGCUAUCUGACCCUGGUUGGUAAUGUAAUAGUAUACCUGACCAUACUAGGUUUCUUCACUAUCUUCGAUAUGGACGACUCGGAUUAUGCAAUGUGGUGAGAAAUAUAAGACGCUAUUAUAGACAAUCUCAUCAAUGACUUGUACUGUAAGAUAGAGCAGUAAUUGUCUGUUUGGUUUAAGUCUGAUUUAAUGAUACUGAUAUUUGAAUUUGAGGCCGAGAUUAGUAUUUUUUUAGUCAUUGGCACUGUGCAGAGUCACGAAGAAUUAAAAUAUUUUCUGUUUAAAAAUGUAAUUAUAUUACUUAUAAACUUUUUUGUGACAACGAUUUCGUACUGUAUAUUAUCUGUUGGUGUCAGUGCACUUUUGAAAUGCUUUUUGUUUUAACACAUUAAGUAAAUAUUUUAUUGUUAUUUAAUACAUUAUAUUUUUGUGUAAGAUAAUUAUUAUAUUUUAACUAACCCUGUUUAUAAAUUAGUAGGAAUAUUUUAGAACACACUUUUGGUUGUAGUUUCAAUUAAUAAUAUUUCUAAGAAUUAUACUUUUUAAAUUCGCUUAUUUCUUUAAAUUAUAAAUAAUUAAAUUAGGAUUAAAAUAUUAUGAGGUUUUCGCAAACGGUCUAUUUUCAAGUAGGAAUACCAUUGAUGAACAAAAAUUUUAGGUUUUGUGUUACAUGAUACAUCCCCAAAAGGAUUAUAGAAAGUGUAAGAAUUUUAUUAUAAAUCUUUGAGGUCAAUUGUUAUGGCAACACAGGUGGCAAAUGUGUAAUCCUAAUUUUAUUUUAUAUUUCUCCUGCAGUGAAUGGGCCCUUUUAUACUGUCACUAAUUUUAUUUGUCACUAAAAUAACUAAUAAGUAAUAGACAAUAUAAUCACUUGUUGCAAAGUUUUGAAAUAACAGUAAUUAUUUUAUUUUUUCUA